CACUCCUCUUCCUCCAUUCACAGAGAUCACUAUUAGAGAAGACAACCUCUGUGCUUCUUGAAUGGACCCAACACUCCUCCACGACAAAGCAAAGACCCCAGCCGGUUGUGUUCUUCUGUUUUUCUUUUCAACGUCGUAAAGUUGACCUCACCGCUGCAUCACCAUGAACCUGAGGAGUUUCCGCAGAGUGUGUGCUAUUUUCAAAAAAACGACGGGCUUCAACUGAGCCAGACUUUGGCUAGACUUCUAUGCAACAAGGUGGAUCUUAGGGUGCGAGAGGGCAGUGAGGCUUUUUAAUCGAUAAGGAAGCAACGUCCAUCAUUUUAUUUUUUUUGUUAAUUUUGGACCACAAUGGGUUCAGAUGUACGUGACCUGAACUCCCUGCUACCUCCCGUUCCAGCCGGGCCCAGUCCAGGCUGCCCGGCUCUACCAGUCAACACGGCCCCACAGUGGGCUCCCGUCCUGGACUUCCACACUGCCACCUCCCCUUACUCAUCUCUGGGACCCCCUCACACGUCCCUCGGGCCGCACUCCUUCAUCAAGCAGGAGCCCAGCUGGGGGAGCGCGAGCGACCCCCACCACCUGGACUCGGAUCCUCACUGCGGCCUCAGCGCCUUCACCGUCCACUUCUCGGGGCAGUUCACGGGCACGGGGGCCUGUCGAUACGGGGCCGCCUUCGGGUCCCCCCCUCCUGCACCGGCCCCCUCCGUCCAGCCACCUUCAGUCGGUGCCCCGCAUCAUCACCAACCCCCCAGCAGGAUGUUUAGCAACCCACCAUACCUGACCAACUGCAUGGACACACAGCCUGCCGCCCGCAACCAGACAGGUUACAGCACAGUCGCGUUCGAUGGCGCCAACAAUUACGGUCACACUCCAACUCACCCCAGCUCGCAGUUCUCCAACCACUCCUUCAAACAUGAAGACACUCUAAGUCAUCAGAAUUCCAUCGCAGAGCAGCAGUAUCCUAUGCCCCCUUCAAUGUAUGGAUGCCACAACCCUUCAGACAGCUGUACCGGCAGUCAGGCUCUGCUGCUGAGGAAUCCUUACAACAGUGGUGAAAAUGUAUAUCAAAUGACCUCUCAGUUGGAGUGUGUGGCUUGGAACCCUGUCAAUACACUGGCAUCCACCAUGAAGAGUCAUGCAGGGGGCUACGACAGUGACCCAAGCGCGCCCAUGGUGUACAGCUGCAGCACACAGUACCGCAUACACACGCAUGGCGUCUUCAGAGGAAUACAGGAUGUAAGGCGGGUUCCCAGCAUUGGUCCAGCAAUAGUUCGAUCAGAGAGCAGCGAGAAACGUCCAUUCAUGUGUCCACACCCAGGAUGCAACAAGCGCUACUUUAAGCUGUCUCAUCUGCAGAUGCACGGCCGCAAACACACAGGGGAGAAACCUUACCACUGUGACGUUGCAGAAUGUGGUCGGGGCUUCUCUCGCUCUGACCAGCUCAAAAGACACCAAAGGAGGCACACAGGAGUUAAACCCUUCCAAUGCGAGACGUGUCAGAGAAAAUUCUCUCGGUCUGAUCACCUUAAGACACACACCCGGACUCAUACAGGUAAAACAAGCGAGAAGCCGUUCAACUGCCGUUGGCCAAACUGUCAGAAGAAGUUUGCCCGCAGUGAUGAGUUGGUGCGGCACCACAACAUGCACCAGAGAAACCUCACCAAGCUCCAACUGGCCAUCUGAGUCUGCGUUCACUCACUGUGGCAAAACGGUAGCGUCGGAUUGAUUGUUAAUACUUUUGUGUGCCAAAAUCAAUGCAGCAGAAACCGAGGUUGCCCAAGGACAUUACAUUCUUUCCUUCUUGCAUGCGUGUCCACUCAUGAAAUUCCCGUGCCCAUUCCUUUUGAGGGUUAAAGUAACCCGAGUGCUCUCUGGUGAAGCUUCAAAUUAUUAGCUUCAGCCCUAUCUGAACAUGACUCACUGAGCAAUUAAUCAGAUUUCACAGAAAAACCUUGGGAGCCAUAAAAGUGCACUUUUCACCCGAAUACUCCCCAAGAGCAUUAAAUGUGAUUUAAUGAUUGUGGAAAAAGUUGCACCUCACAGAAAUAAUUUAAGCCCGAGCAAGCAGACUUCCAUCAUCUAAUCUAAAGGGCCCAGUGUAAUUGUUAC